GUAGAAUUACUACCACUCGAAGGAUCAAUUUGCAGCAGAUUGCCAGCCUUCCCCCCAAAAAAACAAGAGCUCCUCUCACUGGGCAAAAGCCUUUCCAGACAGGUCCCGGAAAGCAUCGUGCGUACAGAUGCCUGCUGGUUGCCAUGGUAAAUGAUGCUGAUCUGAAGAAAUGAAUAAUGUGAGCGUUGGGGGCGACAGUGGGAUUACUCAGACGGUGGCGAGAGAGGCACCAAGGAGCGCCCAGAGCAGAGGGGAGAAGGCACCAUUCCCUCAGCUUGGGUCCACUCUGCCUCCGAAGGCUACGCUUUAACCGGAUCCUCCUCGGCAAGCAUCAGAAUCAGGAUGAACAUCGAAGUUGGGAACGUUUCUUAUACGGGAGCCAUCAUCUCCUGGUCGUCCUCGGAGCCCUGCCUGGAGGACUAUUACCAUAUUAUGUACAGGCCCAACUGGAACAGCAUCUUCUCUGGCUAUCUUCGUUACAGCUUCCACCACGAGGAGAAAGUGCCUCGAACAAUCAGCUCGGUGGUGCUAGAGCACCUCGCCCCUUCCACGCUCUACUUUCUGUGCAUCAGCUGCAAGAAGAUUGCCUUCCCCUACAGGCACUACUGCACCAUGUUCCACACUCUGGAUAAGAGUCCGCUGGCCGCGGGAAGUUCCCUGGUAGACCCGCAAAUCUCCCUGUGGGUGCUGAUGGCUAUUCUGCUGGCCUGCUUCACAGCUGUCUUAGCUUUCAUCUGCCUCCAGUUCUGGUGCGUCCGCUGCCAUGAGCCGCGCUGGUCUUACAGAGCUGGCAACACCGAGGAAGCCAAUGGGUUGGUGAGAUGGCCAGAGGAGGCCCAGGGUCUUGGUCAGAGAGAGGAAGACCUGCAGGGGCUCCCCCUGGUGGAGAUGCCACGCAAGGAUUCUGGAGCUGGAGCAGAACCGGAAGCUGAAGCGGAAGAUGACCAGGAUGCCCUCCAGAGGGAGGGUGGCGAUCAACAAGCCAUUCUGCCUCGUUCUGGGGAGUGAGAGGUAGGGAGGGGGCAGCCCGCAUCACGUAGCUUAAAGCCCUCCACACAGUAGGUCUUUCGUAAAAAUGUAUCUGUAGACUACCCAUUUGUCUCCCCUCAAGUGUCAGUGUUCUUGUGGAUCACCUGGGUUUGACCAAUGCCCUGUGACAAAGCUUCUCAAGCUGGAAGACAUACACUCCCGUGGGGUGACAAGGGAGAAACAUGUCACCUCUUAGAAGUGUCCAUCGGAGGGGGGUGGGGAGGUUAGGAAUUAAAAACAUCAUCUUACUAUUAAAACAAACGUGAAUAUAUUAUGAUGUAGAAAGUGAAAUUUGCAUGACUUAAAUAAAAUACAACGCUUCAAGGACAUUUUUGAGUUGCAGCGGGGCUCUUUGAGUUUGCUUUCAGUCAGCUGGGGCAGAUGUCAUCUCCUUGGUAGUUGGGGGAGCUAUUUGGAAAGGUGUGCGAAGGCUUGCUCUAGAGUGUUUUCCAACUUUCAGGCAAUCACACACCACCUCGUACCCCUUCUUCAUUUUUUUUUUUUAAACCAUAGACUAUCUUUACUAUUAUUAGCAAUAUAUUUUCUUUUAAUUGACUCGUUUUUUAACCUUAAACUUAUUUUAAAAGAUAGCCUUAUAUUACUCCAAAAAUGAAAACCAGCACCCUCCUGCUACUAAGUAGAAGGGAAGAGACAUAAGAAUCAUAAGAAUGAAAACAAAGUUAUAUUAAAUUUGACUUAGAUACUACUGCCUACUAAAGACUCAGAGCUUAAGGCCUGCUUUCUUAUCUUUGAUAAAAAGAGAGAUUAGCAAGAGUUGGAGAGGUAUUAAAGACAUAUUAGCACCAUAAUAAGUCUUUAUAAUAGCAUAAUAACAUAAUAAGUCUUUUUUCUGGAUAUAUUCCACAAAGUUUGAAAGAGAAUUAUAAAAGGAGGUAUUUUUACUUUGUUGAGUCACUCGUAUUUAAUGCCAUGUCCGUGAACGAUCUAACAUGCUGUCUGUAAGCGUCCCCUGAUUUGAGAACGUUGCCUGGACCAGACGGGCUGUCCUGGAGAAGACAUGUGCACUGUCCCAGCAUCAUCCUAAGACCUUCUAAGCCGCACCUUCAGGCCCAACUGGUGGGGCUCAUCUUGGCUCAUCACACAUCUCAAUCUAGGGCUCCCUGACUUACAAUGCUGUAUUUAUCUGGUCAGCUCCUCUUCUAAGUCCGUCUGAUUACUUUUGAAAAUUGAGUCAAAAGCAGACAUUCUUAUUUCAUCUCAUAAAGAAAAGUGUUGGCUUUUUGGGGGUUAUUGUUUGACAUAUUUCACCCUCACAGUGGCAUUUUUUUUUUAGUCUGCCCAUUAAAAAACCCUAGGGGAAAGAGUGAAUCGCCUACAUAUGUCACGGUGUUGCUGAGACUUUUGUGAACAUUGUUGCCCAUCGCCACAAUGGGUAUGGAAAUGGGGGCAGAGAUGAUGUCUAUUUUUAUCUCUAAUAUAUCCCCAGCAUGUAAAAUCUAGCCCAGUGUCUGGCCUAUAGUGGAUGCUUAAUAAAUGUCUGUUUAGUGAAUGGCCGAGGACUGAAGGUCUAGAACAGGACACUAUUUGGGAUGUUUAGUUAGUGUCAGGAUGUGUACGUGUGAACAGAGCAGCAAAGAGGCAGGAGAAGCCCUGUUUCUCAGCUCUAGCUUCAGUCCACUGGAUUUCCUUCAAAGCUUCAACUUCCCAACUGCUUCCUGCCUGCAAAGCCCUUAUAUUUAUGAAGCACGAAUCCCAGGAUGACAGGACGAUAGUGCAAUGAGUCAACUGAGAAGCAAGAGAUGGAAUGCCACGACGAGAAGCCCCAUGCACCUAUUUCCUCGCUCACCUCCCCCCAAACCGUUCUUGCGCCGGAUCCAACCCCUGGCCCGAGUUCACCCCCAUCCUUGCUAGUUGUGAACAAAUAAAGAUGAAUAUACUCACAGUCA